AUGAUUGAUCAUUUUGUUCAAAACCAUGAAAACAAAGUUUUUCACUAUGUUUGUUCAUUUUGCUUAAGAAACUUCGAUUCUUCCGAUAAUUUGCUAGAUCACUUUGAAACACAGCACAUCGCAUUACACUAUGCCUGUUUAAAAUGUCAUCAGGAGUUUAAAAGCUUAACUGACCUCCUACCGCACACUCUUUUACACAAAAAUAGUAAACAACCAACAAAUUCUCCAUUAUCUCAAACCAUAGCUGUUGAAAAAAGAUAUUUAUCAUGCAGUUUUUGUUCAAAACUGUUUUCAUUGCCAUCACUUUUGAGAUCUCACACAGCUCUACAUUUAGAUGCCAAAGUUUAUGUCUGUCACUUUUGUGAAAAAAGUUUCAGAUCAAAACAAAAAUUUCUUGAUCAUUAUUUUAACCAUGACAACUCUGUUAAACCUUAUGGCUGUCCAGCCUGUGACGCAAGAUUAGGUUAUUCGACGAGCGUGCCAAAACACAUUCAAAUGCAUUUGAGAGAUUUAGGUGCCGUAACAGUAGAAAGAAAGCCACAUCUUUGUCCAAAAUGUGGCAAGGAAUAUCGAGAUCGUGCCUCUCUUAAACGACAUGAAGCCAUGGUUCAUCUGAAAAUAGGACAUCUCUGUUUGCAGUGUGAUCGCAAGUUUUCUAGUCCACAUGCACUGAAACAGCACCAGCACCAACAUACUGGUGACUUUAUAUAUGAAUGUGAUCAGUGCGAUAAACGAUAUGGGAAUGCAUCAUCACUAUACAAUCAUAAGAAAUCACACUCACAACAGAAAUUUAUUUGCAAUAUAUGCUGCAAGUCAUUCAAUUUGAAGCAUCAUCUUUUAAGACACUUAAACACUCAUACAGGGUUUGGACCAAAAAGCACAAAGAAAAUUAAGAAGGAAUUAUCUAAAGCACCAGUUGAUUAAUUACAUGUUUUGAACUACAUUUUAAUGUAAACCGGCAAUUUUGAUAAACAUUUUACGUUGUUAAGAUUUGUUGGUAUUGUAAGUUUCAUUUUAUUGCCUUAAAAUUAUCCAAUAUUUUUUAUUGAUUGU